AUGUGGGAACGGGCCCCCCCUUCGCUGAUGCCCCAGAUCGAGGCACAAACCUGCAACAAAGAACCUGAUCUGUCCGGUGACGAAACAGAUAUGGAAGUUGGAGUCGAAAUGCGGGGACGAGGUAGCACUGGUGAAAAUCCAAAAAAAUUAUGGCUGGCUCUCUGCCUUUACGGGAAUCCGAGGGGGUCCGUCGCUGAGCCGGGCAGAAAAAUGGGUGGAGGAAAGGCGGUCAAGUAUCCACUAGCUGCAAAGAUCUAUGGAUGCCACGAACUGGUCCAAGCACUGCAGUUCGUGACCGAAGAGAGGCUCGGAAUGCUGAACAUGGCCAAGAUGAUCGGUGAGUGA